ACGUCUGUUUCAACCGCCAGUGUUAUUGUAUUUUUAACUGUCGAAUGUGGGUUACCUUUUGAUGUACCAAAUUAAUAAACCACAAUGAGAGAAUAUUAUGUGAUAAUCGUCGCUGCAUUGACGAUUGUUGCCAUCGGGGAAUCUGCGUGUAAAAUUCCGAGGAAAACACCUGUGAAGGAGGAGUGUCCGUCGUCAGGCACCGUCAGGUUGCCUUACCGGACAGACUGUACUCUGUAUUAUGAAUGUCAAGACGGCAAGAAUGUGACUAAGGCAUGUCCCCAUGGUCUGCACUUCAAUAGACUUACUCAGCAAUGCGAUUGGCCGCCCGCAGGAUGCGAUCUCAUACCGAACACUCAACCCCUUGAUACGUCCGGCUGCAUUGGUACAUGUCCAAUUUCGGAUCCUGCGUAUGGAACGAUACAGCUACCGUUCAGUGGUGACUGCACCAAAUUUUGCAAAUGCAGUAACGGCACUCCUUUCCUUCAGAACUGCCCGAUAGGGUUGCAUUACGACGAAACGGCAUCCGUUUGUAACUGGCCGAGAAAAGCCAAGUGCCGACAGUAGACAAGCAAAGGAUAUAGCGCAAAACUUAGCAGACGAGAAUUAAAGUAGAAAUAAGAAAUAAACACGUUUUAUGGACUUUCCAUAUUUUUAUCAAUUAUUCGUGUAGAGAUGAAAGAAGUAACCGACGAUUUGAGCAAACACUCAUCUCUCAUAGGUU